AUGGUGGGUCUCGUCGGCGGCAGCACGGUGCGGGCGGAGCACGUCGUGGCCAACGCCGGAGGGGAGACGGAGUACGUGCGCCGCCUGCACCGCCACGCGCCCGCCGAGCACCAGUGCACCUCCACCCUCGUCAAGCACAUCAAGGCGCCCGUCCACCUCGUGUGGGAGCUGGUGCGAAGCUUCGACCAGCCGCAGCGGUAUAAGCCGUUCGUCAGAAACUGCGUCGUGCGCGGGGACCAGCUCGAGGUCGGCAGCCUGCGCGACGUCAACGUCAAGAGCGGCCUGCCGGCGACAACCAGCACCGAGCGCCUCGAGCAGCUCGACGACGACCUGCACAUACUCGGCGUCAAGUUCGUCGGCGGGGACCACCGCCUCCAGAACUACUCAUCCAUCAUAACUGUCCACCCGGAGAGCAUUGACGGGAGGCCAGGUACCCUUGUGAUCGAGUCGUUCGUGGUUGAUGUGCCUGACGGCAACACAAAGGAUGAGACAUGCUACUUCGUCGAGGCUGUGAUCAAGUGCAACCUCAAGUCUCUCGCAGAGGUAUCCGUGCAGCUAGCAGUUGAUCCACCUACAUCGCUGAUCGAUCAGUGA